CAGCGGCAAUCUGAUCCACGAUGGGAGGAGCGGCGGUCCAGGUGCUCCAGCCAACCGUGUGCCCCGACGUUCAUCAAAGAAAGAUAGUGUGCUGGAGGAAAGUGUGCGUGUGGGGGUAUCGUGAUCACAGACGAGUUAUUGUUCUGAUUUAACCGCUGCCUCCUCGCGAUCUCCUCAUCAAGAGUCUUCACUCGCGUCCCAUGGACUGGGACAAUCCCGUGCUUCUGAGAUACAGCUGAACCCCGAGCGCGCAUAAUCAUGUUCAAGAAGAGCAAGAGCAAAGUUCUGGUGGAUGAAGCGUCGGAGGAGGACGAGGCGUCGUGGCAUCACGAGCACGCGAGUCAGGAUAAAGACUCCGAGGGAACAGAGGAAGUUCUGAGCCCCUCAACAAAGGAUUCGAAGUCAAAGAAGGUAAAAUCAAAGCGAGAAAAAGGAGACAAGAAGUUGUUUCCGUCUCAGGACGAUGAACACUUCUUGCUGACAGGAGUCACCGUCUCUCACAGAAGAGGGUCUGCUAAGAAAAACUGGGAGGACGACAAGAGUAAAGCGCACUCGGAAAAAGACAAAGCGCACUGUCUGUGGGACAGCAUCACCAUGACGAUGAAGCAAAUCACACCUACGAGGAAGAUUGACAAGAUUGAGGGCUGGGAGCCGCCUCAGCUGAACGACGGGGUGGAGGAGGGAAUAAAUGAGCCGGAGAAGAAGAGUGACUCGUCCCCGCUGUCUUCCCCGCUGUCACUGUCUCUGCCGCACUCUCUGGGCUUGCCGUCCUGGGUUGGCUUGGGUUCAGAGGAGGACUCGUCUCGUUACGCUAGUCUGACUGAAUCACAGACCGGUGGCCCUGCCCAGUGGGCGGCUCGGGCGCGAGAUAAAUUAGCCGCAGUUCGUCGCCGAAGUCCAGCCAGCCUAUCAGAGAAUAACUGGGAGGGGCUAAAAUAAUUUCCAUAUCAAUGUCUAAACGGAUGGCCACACCCCCUUGAAAACUAGCUCUGAUUGGACAACCCACUGAUAUGAAGAUGUGAAGAGUAGGACCCUCAGACCAAGAGUGCCUGCUUCCAGUGCCUGUCAACUUCCCAUUUGAUAUAAAAUGCGCUUCCAAUUUUUGAAUGAAGCCUCCUCGUUUGAAAUCACUGGAUGUACUCCUAGUUAGUGUCUGACAUCACCAUGGCGUUUUGUAAAUUACUUUUAAAGGUUAAAUGACAUUUAAACACUCAAAGAGAGAGUUCAACCAAAAAUGGAAAUCUUGUCAUUGUUUAUUCCCCCUCGUUUCAAACCUGUUUGUUUUUAUCUCUUUCUUCUGUGGAGCACAAAAGAUGUAGAUUAGCCGAAUGUCCCAAGAACCAUAAUAGACUUAGUCAUGCUAGAACCAUAAACCUCAGUCAGACGCCAUAUUGAAUAAUGAUAAUGAGGCUGUGGACAGUGGUAGUACUGUAUACAGGUCCUAGAUCACAUAAUUUUUACAACUUUCAAAACUGCUUUAUUUCGUUUUUUUAUUUUCUGAAAGCUUUUCAGAAAGACAUUUCAUCAGCUUAACACUCAGCAUGUUUUAAACCCAGUGCACUGUACUUCUAUCCCCUAUUACCUCGUUUUCAUCCCUGCCCAAAAAAAAAAAUUGUGCUGCCCAGACCAAGACUUAACAGCUGCUAAAAUGACAAUAAAAUUAUAGUAAAUACAGUCCAAAUGACUGUAUUAUGAGUUUUUUUACACAAUAAAGUUAUCUGAGAAACAGCCUGAGAAUAAGUCCUUGUUUACAGCAAUAAUUCUCCAUUCAUUGUAUGAAAAGUCAGUCAUUCAGUCAUUUAGGUAAACUUCUCUUUUUCGCAGAAUAAAAUCAAACAGGUUUUAGAUGACAUAAGGGUGAAUAAAUGAUGACGGAAUAUCUAAUUUGUAUGUAAACUCUGUCUCUUUAAAUCUACAUUUUAUCAGCGCCGAUUAAUCUCAGUGAGAUUCUCAGUCGCGAUAAUCACUCGUGACGAGAGAUCGACGCUUUGUGUGUAAUGCUCGAAUCUUCGAUUCAGCUGUGGUUAAUUUAUUCCGCUGUGUAAAUCAAGAAUGAAUGUGAAAUGAUGUAGAAACACCUUCAUUCGUAGAUUUACAGUCGCUACUGCCUGCUGAUUCACAAUCGUAAUGUCCUCUAAUUACUCUAUGCAGUCAUUUCCUUGCUAUAAUCCCAAACUACUCGCUAUAUUGAUCAUGCUAGCAAUAUAUUCAGUGCCACUUUUCAGUAACAAAGAAGAGUUUACUGCGGCUUUAGACUUUAACAGGGAACAGUUUUCAGUUGUAUGUGCUCGGUCCUGUCGCUGGAGAUUUUGAGCUUUAAUCAAAGUGCUAAUUAUAAUCAUUGGACUCAUUUGGGGGGGAAAAACACAGUCUUCUAGGGUUGAAACGAAGUUCUAAACUGGUUGGUUUUUCAGGAAAGGAAUGAGCAUCCAGGUCUCAUUAAUAAUGCUUAAUAGUAACGAUUGUUACAAACAUUAUUAGUUGAAGCCUUCCAAAGACCUCAAGAGCUGUGCUGUUUUAUCAUGAAGUGUUUUUCUUGCAGUGCCUCGACUUAAAAUUCAUUUUCUAGUGAUCACAUGACAACUAGUUAUUCUCUUCCAACACCCUGAACAUGAUAAAAAUGACAAUCAUCAUUUAUAAGACUGAUGUAAAAUGUAUUGUGUAUAAACCUUUGGCCGAUCCCAUUGAAGCGCCUCUAAGAUCUUUGGUUUGCUAGAAGAACAUGACUGAGUGUCUUGUUGCAGAUUUCAGGAGAUUAUUUGUAAGCAGAUUCUGAACGUAAGUGGGUUUGCUGCUCAUAGUUGUUCAUAGUAGCUUUAUAUAAUUAGUAUAGUACAAAUAUGUGUUUGAACUUUGAACGAUGAUUACAAAUUGUUAGUUUCAGAUUUUGCUCUUUAUAUUUAGGGACUUUGAUUUUACUACUGAAUGUUUUUUUUUUUGUAUUAUGAUUUAAAUACAAACAAUAAGAUGCUGUAGUUCCAGGGGUUCAGAUAAGUUGGUGAAUCUGAAUAAAAUUUACUUUAUAAACAA